GCACCAAACGGCAGGUAUCAAGACCCAAACAGGAGUGAAGGCUUAAGUGUUAUGUUAAAGAAUAACGGAUUUAAACUAUAUUUAAUUGACGAGUACAAAACAUCAUCUUUUUGUAAAUCCGAGACCAUGUCAAAGAUGAGAAACGCUGACCAUUACAUGUCAUGGAUGCGGUAUGCGACAUUAAUUUAA